AUGGACAAUGCUGCAUAUUCAUACACCAAGAAUGGUUUUGAGGUUGCAAUGAAUGAACUGAGAAAGGAGGAUGAAGAUGCUUGGAAGUGGCUUUGUGAUAUCCCUAAAGAGACUUGGGCAAGGCAUGCUAUGGAUCACACAUGCAAGACAGACCUAGUAGUUAACAAUCUUAGUGAAGUGUUUAACAAGAUGAUACUAGAUGUGAGGAACAAGCCAAUAAGGAGCUGUGUAGAUGGAUUCAGAACUAAGUUGAUGGUUAAGUACCAAGCAGUUAGAGAGAAGACAGAGAAGAGUAAGUGGGAGAUAACACCCACUUAUAUGGAGAAGUUGGAGGAGUCAAAGAAGUACUCAAGGCACCGCACUGCAUACAUGGCAGGUCCUGGUAUUUGGCAAGUCACUAGUGGGGAGUCUACCUACUGUGUGAACCUUGAUAAGUGGACCUGUGACUGCAAGAAGUGGGACCUAUGUGGUUGGCCAUGUAACCAUGCAGUUUCUGCCAUUACAAGAGUGAAGGGGCAGCCAGAAGACUAUGUGCAUGAGUUCUUCAAAAAACCAUUGUAUAAGGAAACAUACAAGCACAUCAUCUACCCUGUACCAGGGCCUGACUGUUGGCCUAGGACACCAACUGCUGACAUAGAUCCACCAGUGUUCAAAGAGAAGAAGGGCAGAAAGCAAACAACUAGGAGGAAGGGGCAAUUUGAGGUCCCAACAAAGAAGGAUACAUCAAGGAUGGCAACUAUCACAUGUAGCAACUGCAAGAUGCAGAAACAUAGGUACACCUACUGCCCUCAGCCCCUGAAGCCUCAUCUGCAGGCAAGAAAGGACAAGCACAAGACAACCAGAACUCACUACCAUGGAGCUGGGGGAAGUUCUACUGCUAUUGCACAGCCUGCAACCAGUGCACCACCUGCUGCAACUACUAGGGUUAGAAGAACAACUCCUACUGGUCAUUCCCAGCCUGCUACAUCUACCAGGGGAAGAAAAUCAACUGCUGCUUCUACUGGUCCUGCCCAGCCUGCUGCUUCUACAAGGCCAAGAAGAACAACUGCUGCUUCUACAAGGGCAAGCAUCACCAUUGAUGCUUCUACUACUUCCCAGGCUGCCACAAGAGCUUCAGGUUCAAGCAAUGCAGCCAGCAGGAGAGGUGGAAGGCCCUACAUGGCACCUAGGGCUGCAACUACAACAGAGGGAGUAACAGUAGGGUCUAAAAGGAAGAGGUUCCAGAGCACCAGGAUGAGGGGUUACUUUUAUGCCAGUGGCAACUAGUCAGUGCACAAUUUGGCUGUUGUCUUUUGAACUGCCUGCCUUAAGUAUUUCUAAAUAUCAUAAACUAUG